CAAAGAAUGGAGAGGGAUAUAUGACUGCGUGCCCCAAGAAUAUGGGGAAGGAAAAGCAAGAGCAAUUAUGGGGUUAUAGCACGACGGGAAUUGACUGUACGAACACACAUACGAUACCAGUCAUUUAUAUCACUCAUGAAUCUGAUACUCACGAUACUGGAGAAUAACCUCACAUUUCCCACAAACGAACACCUAUAGCUACAGCGCUAGUAACUACGAAUAACCUCACAAUCCCCACAAACAAACAUAUACCAACCUCCAAAACAACCGCAACCGCAAAAAUGGCUUUCUCCAUCGCCGAACCCGCACCCACCCCUCUCCCGAACCACUACACGCCCGCUGGCCGCGGCGGCGCAGGGAACAUGUACAAACCCUCCUUCUCGCCACCUCUGACACGAAGCACCACCGCCUCCUCCAGCGGCUCCACGCUCUCCAAGUCCUCCUCGAGCUCCAGCACCUCGAGCCUCGGCAAGUCCUCCACCAGAUCCAGCACCUCCUCGCAGCGCGUCUUCGCAGGCCGCGGCGGUGCAGGAAAUGUUCGCCCACGGGCAGAGGAGGAGCCAUUCAGCUUCGCAGAGGAAGUGCGGGAGCAGACUCGCAGAGAGGCGAGGGAGAAGACAUGGGUUGUUGGACGCGGAGGAGCCGGAAACUAUGCGAGUAAGGGAGACAGGGAGGGUGAGAAGAGAGGACUUCUGGGGAGGAUCGGAGGGGUUCUGAGCAGAGCAUAAACUGGAUUGUGCACUGCUCGACGCACCACAUCAUACCACGCCCGGCACGAAUACGUUAUGUAGACGUUCGCCCGGAAUCCACACACGAAGCAGAAUCGAAGAAGACGGGAGAGAAGAGAAAGGAGCAUUUCAUACUGUCAAUAUACCCCACACCGGCUCAUUCACGGAGUCUUGCGAUGUUUUCACACACACAACGGCGCAUAUGGGGGAAUAAUGGGAAAGACGAGGAAAAAAGCAGGAUUUUAUUUUUAUUUUAAGGCCAAGGGAACAUCAAGGAGUCGAGGAUAGCCAGGGGGAAAGGCACAAUGCCAGCAGAGAGGAUCAGAGAGGAUAGCUUCAUGAAGAAGAAGACACUAGGGCGGAUAGCUUGUAAUACAAUCACCACUACCACUCCAUUUCAGCUGUUCCAUUUUUAAAUCAUCGCGUGCAUUCAGUCCUAAAAGGAGUUAUAUUACAUUCCACUUCGCCAGCCCUAUCUCCCA